GAGAGGGGGGGGGGAAGAGAGCCGUGGAUACACCGUCGCAUGCUCGCGCGGCCGCACUUUGCCAGGACAAUAUUAAUUUGACCGCUCGUGUACGAUCUCCCACUCGGGCUUACGGUCUUGUUUUCAUCUACUUAUCGUCCGAACAGUCGAAUGCAUAAGUGCGGUUUUCUUGAUACAGGAGACACGGGAGAACGACAGGCGACUAAAGUUUCCCCGAGACUUUGACGGACGCGUAGCGCAGCGACGUUCGAUUUUACAUUGAACGCUUGAAGAUCGAAAGCUCUUCAAAGGUGGGCUCACGUCAGGAUACCUUCCACGCAGAUGUCGAGCGAGAAUGACAGUGAGAUGGAUUGUUCGGACUCCGACUGUGGAGAUCCGGGCUACGAAGACUACUACAACGUUCAACCGUGGGAUGGCGAAGUGGACAACGACGGGGAUCCCGAGCAAAAUAGGAGGGACCCGGAGUACGCGGUGUACGACUGCCUGAAGGUCGAAGAGGUGGAACGACUGCUGAACGAGAGUGUAGAGAUGCUAAGCACUAGCCUUCACAUAACGCCAUCCCUAGCCAAAGUGUUGUUACACGCACACAACUGGUCGUUGCAGGACAUCGUGACAAAGUACCACACCAAUGCUUCCAGUUUAUUAAUUAAUUCCAAGAUUAAACCCACCCCUCCCGAACAAGUGUCCGGAUUGAGAGACCAGAAGGGUGGUAUGUGCUCAGUAUGCGUUGUAGUUUUACCCGCAGACAAGUUCUCCACGCUCACGUGUGGACACUCGUUUUGCAAAGACUGUUGGUGUAUGCAUUUCGAAGUACAAAUAACUCAAGGUAUAUCUACCGGCAUAAGUUGCAUGGCGCAAAAUUGCAUCGUACUAGCUCCGGAGGACUUUGUCCUUUCCUUACUCACUAAGCCUAACAUGCGAGAGAGGUAUCAACAAUUUGCCUUCUGCGAUUACGUCAAGUCUCAUCCGCAAUUGCGAUUCUGCCCUGGUCCAAAUUGCCAAAUAGUUUUGCGCUCGAAGGAGCAGCGAGCAAAGAGGGUCAUGUGUUCAUCGUGCAAAACUGUAUUCUGCUUCCGAUGUAGCAUGGAUUAUCACGCACCCACCGAUUGCGGUACUAUCAAGAAGUGGCUGACGAAGUGCGCGGAUGAUUCCGAGACGGCCAAUUACAUUAGCGCUCACACCAAAGAUUGUCCGAAAUGCCACAUCUGCAUAGAGAAAAACGGCGGUUGCAAUCACAUGCAGUGUUACAACUGUAAACACGACUUUUGCUGGAUGUGCCUUGGCGAUUGGAAAGCGCACGGUAGCGAGUACUACGAGUGCUCGCGUUACAAGGAGAAUCCAAACAUCGCGCACGAGAGCGUUCAUGCACAAGCGAGGGAAGCCCUCAAAAAGUAUCUCCAUUAUUACGAGAGAUGGGAAAAUCAUAGCAAGUCGCUAAAGCUGGAGGAACAAACGACGGAGCAUAUCAAGAUGAGAAUCAACCAGAAGGUGAUGAACGCGAGCGGUACGUGGAUAGAUUGGCAGCAUCUGUUCGAGGCUGCGUCGCUCUUGGCACGUUGCCGUUACACCUUACAGUACACGUAUCCGUAUGCCUAUUACAUGGAAUCGGGUCCGCGCAAAGAAUUGUUUGAGUAUCAGCAAGCUCAAUUAGAAGCUGAAAUAGAGAAUUUGUCGUGGAAGAUUGAACGAGCCGAAACAACGGAUCGUGGAGACUUGGAGAAUCAAAUGGAUAUCGCAGAGAAGCGUCGCGUUACUUUGCUAAAGGAUUUCCUGGAGGUGUAAUUAGCUGAGCUCCAACUUUCUCCUUGGGCUACAUUAAGCUCGCGCUAUACUGUACGGUAUUAAAAUGAAAAUUAUAUUUCUGUUUUGUAGUAAGCCGAUCCUACGAGGAUGUGAUUUUGAGUAUUAUAUGAAAGAUAACUUAGCGAUGCCAUAAGCGCCGAAUCUGAUUAGAAUUAUGGGAACCGCAAGGGUUGUUAUUAUUGAUUCCACGUUGAAAACAAUCUUCAAGUUUCAUCAGAUGUCAUUUUUCAUUUGUCAGUGAAUUGAAAAGCUGGAAAUUGUUUUCGAUUUGGAAUCAAUGCUAAUUCGUAAUAAUUCAUCUUGUGCGGUAACAAAUUGUAAACGUUUUGCGUGCGUGUACGUGCGUGUCUGUGUGUGCGUGCGUGUGUGUUUGACUUACCUAAAUUGCAAAAAUCUGAGGAUUUCACGUAGCAAAAUUCGCAGGAAAGUAUUAAUUGUAUUGACUGACUGAAAAAAUUUCAUGUAAAACUCGUGUUUCUUUCCUAGUCUAAGAGUAUUUUCCAAAGUGCGCUACAGCGAAAAACGGUCUCUUCAUUUCUCAUUCUGUAUCUACUGUAUUUAGUACAAAUAUAUAUAUAUAUAUAUAUAUAUAUAUAUAUUUGUACUAAAGUUAUAACUGUGCAGUUCGAUAGAGAGCACCAUGCAGCUAUAAGAAAUAAUAUCGUUCAAACGGGGGACUGUAUCCUCACGGUUCGCGAUUCUUCCUCCGAACUUUAUUCAAAGUAUUGUUAAUGUUUAGGAUACGCUCACGUCCAGUGACCGCGAAUAAAAAGGAAAGCCGGUAGCCUAAUUUAAGUACAUUGGUGCCAAGAGGUAAAAUGGUAUCACUCUGCCGUGUACAUACCAACACGAAACACUCUCUCUCUCUCUCCUCUUCUUUCUUUCUCUCUCUUUCUCUCUCUUCAAGUGUACACGAAGAGAAGGAAGAAAAAUUACGAUGCCGUUUUCUAUGAAACUAGAUUUUAAGGAGUACACGUGCAACGAUCAAAGACGUUCGUGACGCAUCUAGCAGUAACUAAACUUUCAUUUCUUAAAGCUGUUUGGAGAAGAAAAGGACGAAAGAUGACGAUUGCGUUACUAUUGACGAGACAAACGCGAGCUGAAAGAUGCUUAUCGAGAGGGCAAUGUUCAAUCGAAAAUUCUGUGAGAAUGCAAAGUAAUAAGCACGAUGUGCCGAUAAAGGAAAUAAAAGAAGCCACUUGACACACACACACUAUGCUUUGCAAAUUAAGAUCGCGAGAUCUAUCGAGAGACAAUUAAACGUAAUGCGAAAGAGAUCUUUCUGGUUUGUCCUUCUCUGUACAAAUGUGCAAUGAGAAGUAAAUAUUGUAUAAGGAUAUAUUAAACUAUUUGUAAAUUAAUACUAAUAAUAACGACUAUAUAAUUGAAA